AUGGACAACGACAAUUCGACCACUCUUGACCUUCCGGACGGACGCAAGCUUGGAUACGCGCAAUUCGGCUCUCCAACGGGGCGCCCAGUGUUCUUUGUACAUGGCCAUCCAGGAUCUCGCCUCGAGGGCGCCCAUCUUCACGACGUGGGCCUGAAACUCGGGGCCCGGAUCAUCUGCGCCGACAGACCUGGCACUGGACUGAGCUCGCCACAGCCCGGCAGAAAACUCCUCGACCACCCAAAGGACCUGGAACAUCUGGCAAAUCAUCUCCAGCUGGAGAGAUAUGGUGUCCUGGGAGUGUCUGGCGGUGGACCAUAUGCCCUCGCCUGCGCCUACGCGCUACCGCGCGACAAGCUUAAAUGUGUCUCGAUCGUAUGCGGUCUUGGGCCCGCAUAUGAAAUCGGCAUGAAAGGCGCGCGUUGGCUGAACUGGAUCGGCUUUGCCUUUGGGUAUCGAUACACGCCCGCCAUCGUCAAUCGUUGGUUUUGGCAGACGCAAACGAUGGGCCGCUUGGACCUCAGCGACGAGGAGCGCCUUAAGCGGCACAUGAAAGAAUUCUCACAGCCCAAAUCGGCGGCUGCUCAGAAGGACUUUGAUGUCAUGACGAACGAAGUCAACGCCCGGCGGUUUAUACAGGCGUCCCGAGCGACCUUCGCUCAAGGGUAUGACGCCGCGCUACAGGACGGCAGGAUACUGAGCUCGGCGUUUGGCUUUCGCAUUGAGGACAUUCGUCCCGACCUGCCAGUGCAGCUGUGGUAUGGGAAGCUGGAUGUCAACGUCCCGCUCAACCAUGGGGAGACGAUAGCAAAGCGUUUGGGCGACCGGGCAGUCUUGCACGUGGAGGACGAGACCCACGCAAGCAUCUUUUUCAACUGGCGGGAACGAUUCCUCGGAGAUCUGGUCGCGAGCAUUUGA